CCGCCACUACUUCUCUCCUUCAGCUCACAAGUACACACUUGAUUGAACAUUAUUUUCAACUUCCAUUAACUUUGGUAAUUAUUCAUCACUUCAAUUAGCAGAUCAUCUUCUAUAUAAAAAUCCAUCCUACAUUCAUUUGUUCCAUCAAACAUGGAGAUUAACAUGGAUGACAAACUAUCCAAAACUCAUAUCGAGCUUGUCACUGAGGCAUCCUUUCCACCACCACCACAAUUCAGCUCUCUGAAGAUCAUUAAAAACACCUUUAUUUCAAUCUUGGCAAGGUUUCAUGCCGGAUAUUUUAGGAUAAGCAUGUCUCUUUGCAGCCAAGCCCUGCUGUGGAAAAUCCUUAGAGAUCAAUCAGCAGAAGAUGCACAUGCUUUUCGUCGUGUGUUUCAAAUGCUACCCUCCACAGCUUUUCUUCUACUUUGGUCAAUAGCUCUUUUCACAGUAACCUCACUCUCUCUUCUUUACAUACUUAGAUGUUUGGUUCACUUUGAGAUGGUGAAGGGUGAAUUCCUCCACCAUGUAGGAGUGAACUAUCUCUUUGCUCCUUGGAUUUCUUGGCUUCUUUUGCUUCAAUCAUCUCCCUUUUUCACCCCAAAAACUAUAUACUACCUUGUACUAUGGUGGGCUUUUGUGGUUCCAAUGUUGGUUCUUGAUGUCAAAAUCUACGGCCAGUGGUUUACCAAAGGAAAGAGGUCUUUAUCAACAGCCGCGAAUCCGACAAGUCAGCUAUCGGUGAUAGGGAACUUGGUGGGAGCCAGGGCGGCAGCCCAAAUGGGAUGGAAAGAGACAUGUAUUUGCAUGUUUUCUUUGGGCAUGGCACAUUAUCUUGUGCUUUUUGUCACGUUAUAUCAAAGAUUAUCUGUGGGAAAUUGCCUACCAACAGUGUUAAGCCCAGUUUUCUUCUUAUUCAUUGCCGCUCCCAGCAUGGCAAGUUUGGCUUGGGACUCAAUUUCUGGAUGCUUUGAUAACUUGGCAAAGAUGCUUUUCUUUCUCUCUCUUUUCCUCUUCUUAUCCCUGAUUUCAAGGCCGACCCUAUUCAAGAAAUCCACAAGAAAGUUCAACGUAGCAUGUUGGGCAUACUCUUUCCCAAUGACAGUCCUGGCAUUGGCUUCAGCUGAUUAUGCACAGGAGGUGAAUGGUGCCAUUGCACAUGGGGUAAUGCUAGUGUUAUCUUCGCUCUCAGUUCUGGUAACUCUAGGUUUGAUGGUGUUCACUGCCCUUAAUACUAGCAGGCUUUUCGUACCCAACGAUCCUGUUUUAAGUCCUAGCAUUAGUAAUCCUGAUGAGGCCACAUGAUUGAAUAGAAGUUUAUGAUUUCAAAUUUCCAAUUGUAAAUACGAUAAUAUAAUAGAAUGUUCGGGAAGGAAAAAUGAGGGUAGUGUUGCAAAUG